CCACGCUCUCACUCCAACACCAUACUGUAUUGGUUGGCUGCUCUCCAAACCAUGCGACAAAAGUAGCAUGUAGAGGAAUGAACAACAUCAUAGGCACACGAUCCUUGCCUUCUCAUCAUGACGAUUCUCAACUUCACGCUCAAUCCCGAGGCAAUCAGCAAGAUGCAUGAUGCUCUCGUGUGUCUCGGUAAAUUCAAUGAAGCCGUUUCUAUCGAAGCAUCUCAAGACAAGGUCGGCAAUUUUUGGCAUCUUUCUCUCAAUUAUUGAAACUGAUUUGAAUGAUUCUCAGCUGGUCUUGACUGCUCUCAAUUCUUCCAAAUCUGCGUACGCUUCUUUCACCUUGGUUGGAAAUAAAUUCUUCACAAAGUUCCACUACAAGCAACCACUCGUGAGAGGAUCUUCUCAAUCCAGAGAAAAGUUCAGUUGUAAGAUUUACAAUAAAGUGAGUUUUGACAUUGAACUUGUAAAACUUCGUCUGAUAUGAUUUCCAGGCUCUGUUGUCCGUUUUCAAAGGUCGAGUCGGCGAUCCAUCUCGAGAAAGAGAGACAGCCAUUGAGAGAUGUGAAGUCACAGUUCAAGAUGGCGAAGGCCAGGCAAGAAGCCGAUUCAUUGUCAAGAUUAUCUGCAGGCAUGGUAUGUGAAUGAGUUUUCUUUGCACGAAAAGUUGAUUUAUUUUGAUAGGCGUAAUCAAAACAUAUCGUCUUACCUUCGAGUCUGUUGCUCCUAUGCAUGCCCAAUUUACCAAGGCAAACGUGAACAAUCAUUGGGCAAUUUCAUCAAGAACGUUACGAGAGUUUGUGGAACACUUUGGACCCGGUACUGAACAGCUUGAUAUAUACUCAGAGGAUGGCCGCGUUAGUCUGACCAGCUACACCGAGAAAAUCGUGUCAGGAAAUGGUGGAAUAUCACCUCGCUCUAUCUCCAAGUAAUUGCUAAUACUUCUCAGAAAUACUGAAGCAGCCUCUACAUACGACGAUUGCAGUGGAUACUUUGGAAUUUACAGAAUUCUCAGUUGAAGAGCAACUUCAUAUAGUUGUUAGCGUCAAAGACUUUAAAUCAAUCAUAACGCAUGCCGGUAUAACGGCUACCGUUGUGAAAGCUUGUUAUUCCCGCCCAGCAUCACCAAUGCAACUAACUUAUACUGAUGGCGGAGGCGUUUUAAGUGAGUUCAUUCUAAUGACGAUUGGGGAAGUCAGAAGCAAAUCGGCAACUCCUAUACCGAAUGUUUCUAGAGCGGCAUCUAGAGCAGUUUCCAAUCGACCCGCAUCAAGACAGCCUCCAGAUGCCACUUCAAAUUCUGGAAGAGCAACGCCUUCGGAAAUGCCACCUCCACCUCGAACUGCUUCCAUGCGAGAAAGGGAAACCGGAAAGAGUAAAAUGACCAGACCGUCUCCACCACCGCCACAACCUAGCAUACCAUCCGAUGCUCUCUUCGUGCCUGCCGCUGAUGGAGACCAAGUAUGGGACCCAGUCAAUUACGAUGAUGACGAUGAUGCCAUGUUGCUUUGGGACCAGGAUCGAGGAGAAGAACAUGUAGGUAUGUUUUCCGCUAGAGAAUAUCCUUCUGACUAGCGAUAGAAUCAUUCGGCGACGUUAAACUCUACUCGUACGCAACAAAAUCAAAACCAUCCCGGUGAUUCAAGAGACGACCAGAACAUCCGACUGGCACCAACACAGCGCCUUGGACCGACCCAAAGCAUGACAGAGGUGAGAAAUCCACAUCUUUCGCUGGGAGCAUGUUUUCUAAUCUCAACAGAUCAAGGGUAUGUUCGACGAUUAACAACUUGAUUCCAAAUGUACGAAAUCACAACAAAUCUGGGCCAUCAUCAAAUGCGCCAUGGUUUGCUGUCAUCUCACAGCUAGUCCAUCCAAUAGCGACCACAACGUGAGCACGUUAACGGAUGCUACGAAGGAAGAGGAGCAAGAUAUACCCCUUAGCUAUUGAUACAAACCCAGCUCGUAGCAUACCCUGCUCCUAUACUGGAAAUAUUACUUCCUGGCGGUAAAUAUUUAUUGGAUGCCACAACAUUCCAC